GCCUCGCGCUGGCAGGACUGAGAGCUGGGGAAUCUGUGGGCACACCCCAGCGGGGGACUGCUGGGAACCCCCAGCUGAGAGCGCUGUGGGGCCCGCCCCACCCCCAGCCACCUGGGAAAAGGAAGCAGAAAAAGGAGAAACAGCACUUCCUUCCCCUUGGCCUGGGCCCUUAGUGCGGCAGCGCCGAGCAGAGGGCGGCCAGGGCCUCGGCCACGGGCUAGCGACACCCAGGAACUGAGCCCACAUUCCUCGUCUUCCGGGGCCCAAUCUCCUCUCCGAAGCAGGCUGCCCAGAGAUAGGUCAGCUGACAGUGACACACCCUCAAUUCCUGGCCCUUCAGAGCCCAGGCCUGUGUCUGAAACCCUGAAGACACUUCCUACUUUGGGAGUAGCUCUUCCCUGUGCUGCAUGGGUCUGUGCGUUCCUUCAGAAAACAAUGCUGAUGUGUGCGCCUGGCCUUUCUCGCCCAGGGCUUACCGGUGGCCACCAUGGGUUCUGGGAAUUCCCGAGGUCACAAGGCAGAAGCCCAGGUGGUGAUGAUGGGCCUCGACUCAGCAGGCAAGACCACACUCCUGUACAAACUGAAGGGCUACCAGUUGGUGGAGACCCUGCCCACCGUUGGCUUCAACGUGGAGCCUCUCGAAGCCCCGGGGCAUGUGUCUCUGACUCUCUGGGAUGUCGGAGGGCAGACCCAGCUCAGGGCCAGCUGGAAGGACUACCUGGAAGGCACGGACAUCCUCGUGUAUGUGCUAGAUAGCACAGACAGAGGCCGCUUGCCGGAGGCAGUGGCUGAGCUCAUGGAAGUCUUGGACAGCCCCAAGAUGGCCAGAGUCCCUUUCCUGGUGCUGGCCAACAAGCAGGAGGCACCCGAGGCUCUGCCGCUGCUCCAGAUCAGAGACGAGCUGGGCCUGGAGAGAUUCCAGGACCGCCGCUGGGAGCUCCGGGCCUGUAGUGCCCUCACUGGAGCCGGGCUGCCAGAGGCCCUGCAGAGCCUGGGGAGCCUCCUGAAGUCCCGCAGCCACUGUGUCUCCAGGUGAGCACAGCGGGGCAGUGGGUGCAGAGAGCAAGGUCUUGACUCAGAGCAGUUUAUCUUUGCUCAUGAGAACUGGGAGAACCAGCUUGUCCUUGAGAAUUAUACGCUUGGUUUACCAAACAAGAACUCCUCUAGCCCUGGCCUCUGUGGCUCUCGGUUGGGUGUCAUCCCGUGCCCCAAGAGAUCACUGGUUUGAUUCCCUCUCGGGGCACAUGCCUGGGUUUUGGGCUCGAUUCCCAGUA